UUUCAAGCAGCGGCACCAAAAGAAACGCAUAGCCUCCAGCAACAUGUCUGACUUCGAGGAUGAUAUGGAUGUCGAUGCGCCUGCGGUGCAAGACUCGGUGCUGUUCAGCUCAGACAACACCAAUUCCAAAGGCAAGAGAAGCAUCGCCAACCUGCCAGUCGAAGCGGAAGAUAGCUUGCCAUGGGUCGAAAAAUACCGUCCAGACACCCUCGAUGACGUAUCGGGGCACGAAGACAUCCUAGCCACCAUCAACAAGUUCGUGGAUACAAAUAGACUCCCCCAUCUGCUCCUAUAUGGCCCUCCAGGUACAGGAAAAACGUCUACGAUCCUCGCUCUUGCCCGCCGAAUCUAUGGCUCCAAGAACAUGCGGCAGAUGGUCCUCGAGCUCAACGCCUCUGAUGACCGUGGUAUCGACGUCGUCCGCGAACAAAUCAAAACCUUCGCCAGCACGAAGCAAAUCUUCACCAACAACUCGUCCUCGACCUCGAUUGCCGGAUACAAGCUAAUUAUCCUCGACGAGGCGGACGCGAUGACAUCCACGGCACAGAUGGCAUUGAGACGAAUCAUGGAGAAAUACACCGCGAACACCCGAUUCUGCAUCAUUGCAAACUAUACACACAAGCUCAGCCCCGCACUCCUGAGUCGGUGCACGAGGUUCCGAUUCAGUCCGCUGAAGGAGCGAGAUAUCCGGGUCUUGGUAGACAAAGUCAUCACGGAGGAGAAUAUUCAGAUCACAGGGGAAGCCAUAGAUGCGUUGGUCCGGCUGAGCAAAGGAGACAUGCGCCGCGCUCUCAACGUUCUCCAAGCCUGCCACGCAAGCAGCACACCACUCCACCUGAAAGGCACCCCAAAGAUCGCCGAGAAAGACAUCGAGCGCGACCUGAUCACCGAAACCACAAUUUACGAAUGCAUAGCCUCCCCACACCCCGAAGACAUAACCAAGAUCAUGAACACGCUUCUCCAGACAAAGGACGUGAUAACUUGUCUGCAGACGAUCAAUACGCUUAAGGCGACGCAGGGGCUAGCGUUGGCGGACAUCAUUACGGCACUGGCGGAGGAAUUGAGCAGGAUGGAUGUCCCAGCGCCUGUUAUGAUUACAUGGUUAGAUGGCUUGGCUGAGGUGGAGUACCGAUUGAGUGGUGGUGGGGGAGAGCUCGUGCAGACAGGGGCGGUAGUUGGCGUUGUUAGGAAUGGCGCGGAACUGCUGGGCGAGGUCAAAUCAUGAUGGGUUGUAGUGUGAAAGGAUUUGAAUGUCUGGCUUGGGGCGUUGGAGGGAAAACUUGGGCUGGC